AUGAAUCGCAUCCGUUUACUUAGUGCAUCAAUGAAAAUAAUUAGUUUUAUUGGUACAAUAUCUGAAACACUUUGUUUUGCCGCAGCAUGGUAUGUUCAACGAAAUAGUGGUCAUGUCUUAAAGAAAUUAAAACCAGCUGAAGUUAACGUAGAUUUAAAAAUUGAAGAUACAACAAUUGAUGAAGUACCUGUACGUAUUUAUUCUCCAUUAAAUUUAAGUCAGGAUAAAAACAAAUAUCUUCCAGCAAUUAGUUUUUAUCAUGGAGGAGCAUUUUAUAUGGGUUCAGUGGAAACACAUCAUCCAAUAACACGUAGAUUAGCUAUUCAGACUGAUUUUAUUGUUAUAUCUGUUGAAUAUCGUCUUGCACCUGAACAUCCUUUUCCAGCUGGAGUUGAUUAUUGUAUGAAAGUAACUGAAUAUGUUCUUGAUCCAAAUAAUGCAAAAAAAUUAAAUCUUGAUUCAAAACGUGUUGCUAUUUUAGGUGAUUCAGCUGGUGGCAAUUUAGCUGCUGUUAUUGCAAUGCAAUUAGCUAAUAAUGCAAAUAGUGUUAAUGUUUCUCGCAUUCAAGUAUUAAUAUAUCCUGUUGUUCAAUUCUUUGAUUCUAUGCUUCUCUCAUAUCUAACAUCAAUUUUAAAUAUUUUCGAUUUUGGAAGAGCUAGCGCAGCUCUUGAAUAUUAUCUGAACAAAACUAUAACUAAUGAUGUACUUAUUAAUAAUCAUACAAGUAUUGAACAAAAGAAAAAAUAUCAUCAAUUUGUUGAUUGGUCAUUAAUUCUAAAUAAGUAUCAACAAAUAUACAAAGAACCAAUAACUGAUAAUAUAAAUGAUGAUCCUAAGGUUAUCGAAAAUACUAAGCAAUAUUAUUUUCAGAUAUAUCAUCAUUAUUAG